AUGUUAGGAUCGUGUUUUUUCCCUUUUGAAAUUGUUUCCGAUAUCCCUAUUGGUGUUGCAAAUGAAAUGGUGAAGGAGUUAGAAAUUACUGACUGGAAACCAUCAGAAAUUGCAGAUAUAACUGGUCUUGUUCCGAAUUGGAAGUCGGACCAUAGUCGGCUUACUUACAUAGUCGACUCAAAGUGGUCAUUGGCUUCAAGCUGGACAUACUAUUCUGCUGAUGAACACGAUCCUGUAAUGAGCCCGAGAAGACACAGCCCGUAUGCUAUUGAAAAUACUUCAGCUUCUUCUCGUUUUUAUCAUGGCGAAAAUUCAGGCACAAGGCAAUAUCUUGCUAAGAUUUGCUAUAAGCAGUGCAAGGAUGUGCUAGAUUGCUAA